AAUGCCGAUGGCUGUUUAGUGAGAGGCAGGAAAAAGUUUGCUGUUCGAUUAGUUGGAGAUGACAUGUUCUGGCCUCGGUGUUUGUCUUUCAGCUGAUUAUCCAGAAGAUCCGCAUGUGCCAGCAGCUGUGGGCUUGUGACUCAUUUGUCAGCGUGCUGGAGUACCUUCUGGCCGUGGGCAAUUACCUCAACCAGAACGCAGGCAAGGACAGGGCCAAGGGAUUUCGCCUCUCAUCCUUAACUAAGCUUUCUCAGCUGCGCGGGAACAGUCAGAAUUUCACCUUGCUGCAUGCCCUUGUGGAGCAGAUCAUGUUGCGAGAACCACGUUUGGCCACCUUUUUCCUGGAGCUUGCAGAAUUUGAGACUGUUCCUGGAGCUUCGGUUAAAGGUCUGACAGCAGAGGUGGACGUAGUUAAGAAUGAAUUUCAGAAGAUCAUCCAGUACAAGAAAACAUACAGUAAAAGAAAAAACGAAGUCAAUCAGCACCCCAAAUUCUUCAAAGACUUAAAGACGACCAUUGAGAAGCAUGAGGCUGAUUUCACUGAGCUGAUGAAGAGGUGUGAGGAGAUGAGGAAGCUCUACACUGACAUAUUGAUAAAAUUCGGAGAGCCUUUGGAUCAAGACUCCCAAGAACUUUUCAGAUGGGUUUUCCAGUUUGUGAAUGACUUCAAGAAAGUGUACUCUGAAUACACUCAAUGAAGCCAAAUUUCCAUUCACAUUUAAUACAGUAGGUGUUCGUAUGUCUGAAUUUGCACCUACUUUCAUGUCAUAAAAGUGAAUUGGGAAGGCAUUUGGACCGUCUGUAGAAACUCUUAUCUCCAGACUGCGACUGAUGUUUUCUGGAUCUUCUCCAAUGCUUGUGUUUGGUUAAAAGUCUUGGUGAGCUGGAUCGUGCGAUUCUUUGACCUGGUGCUACAACGAACAGCUCUUUUUAUCUGUAGAGGCAUAUCAUUUUAAUGCUUGUCAGUGAUGAAGUCAGAGAUGGCUGUUGUGUAAGAGGCAUUCUGGUUCCACGUGCGUCUGCUGAAUUGCCGACUCUCUCUGUGUCCUUGAGCACAUGUGUGUUUUCUGGAUGAUACAGAGUCGAGUCCUCAGCGGAGGUUCAGCAGAGGACAUCUGCAUUUCACACAUUUCAAAACAGACUCCUCUUCGUUAUUCUUUUGAGGAUUUCAUUCACUAAAUGAAGAGGACAUAUAAAAGAGGAAGAAACAAAUCUCUUUGUAAGUCUGAUUUGAAUAACUCUGGGAUUUACAAGCGUGUGACUUGUAAUCUCUUUGUAAUGAACAUGCAUUGCAGUUUGUCCACCGUUGCAGGGAUGGUUCACCCAAAAAUGAAAAGUCUGUCAUCAUUCACCUUUGUGUCAUGGUUUUCUUUCUUCUGUGGUACACAAAAAGGGAUGUUAAGCAGUAUAUUUAGUAUGUUUACAGUAUAUUUAGUAUGUACUUUUUUAUUAUUAUUAUUAUUUCAUAUCCAUCUGUCCAUUCUGAAAACUGGGUUACAGUUAGACAGAUUAUUCUAUUCUAUUCUAUUCUAUUCUAUUCUAUUAUAUUCUCCAAGCCAGUUAUCCAGAACACACCGUCAACAUUUAUUUUAUUUUAUUUUAUUAAUUUUUUUCAUCUAUCCAUUCUUCAAACCACUUAUUCAGGGGUCAUUGUGGAUAGAUGGUUCAUUUUAUUUUUUAUUUUAUUCUGUUCUCUUACCCACUUAUCCA